AUGAGAAGGUACUUUUCAUCAAAUUUAAGAUAAACACCCCUCAAGACUAAUGUAUGCAUUGUUGGUAGUGGUCCAGUUGGUAUGGUACUUUCCUCUAUGCUCAAUAAGUUCAAAAUACCAAACAUAAUUCUUGACAAGCACCAGGGUGUACAGGAUCAUCCUAAGGCACAUUACAUUGGCUUUAGAACCUGUGAAAUUCUUAAGGAUCUAGGCAUAGAGAAACCAUUAGAAAAGAAACUCGAAUAAAUAUAGUAGUGGAAUAAUUUUAACUAUGCAACCCAUGUCAUAGGUGGAAAGCUUUACGGUAGGGUCAAUCAUUUUGAUUUCUAAAACACAAGAAGAAAUGAUAUCGAUUACAAGAAAGUAUUAGAAGGCUUUAAGGAAAAGUUUACUUAUGCUUAUCCAAAUCACUUUUCUUAGAAUAAGUUGAACACUAUUUUACUUGAGUUACUAGACAAAUAAAAGUAGGAUAUAUUGUUUUAACAUGACUACCUGAACCAUCAAAUAAUCAAGGAUGGCUAGGAAGGGUGUGUUAAAAUUAAAAUCGAAGAUAGAUAAUCAAAAGGGUUAGUAGAUAUUGAGUGUGAUUUUCUAGUGGGAGCAGAUGGAGUUAAAAGUAAAGUUAGAUAAAAUUUGGGGAUCGAGAUGUUCGGUGCAAAUAAUAUUUAGAACUUUGUGAACUUGCACUUUAGAUCCAAAGAAAUAGGGGAGUUGAUGAAGAAACAAGAUAGAACUAGCAUGCUUUAUUUUUUGUAUAACUAAGAUCUGGUCUCUGUUUUAGUUUGUCAUGAUAUUGACGAGGGAGAAUUUGUUUUGCAGGUCCCUUACUUUCCGCCUAUUGAAAGCAUUGAUGAUUAUAAAGAUCAGUAUAAAUGCCUUGAAAUAAUCAGGAAAUCAAUGUUUUCUGAUGAGUUGAGGUCAAGAUCUGAUAUCCAGUCCAUCAAGAUUGAUCUGAGAAAUAUUAAUGCUUGGAAAAUGGAAGGAGUUGUAGCAGACUCAUAUAUCAAUCUUGAAAAGGAUAAGACUUAACUGCCAAGAGUGUAUUUAGUAGGUGAUGCUGCUCAUGCUUUCCCACCUAGUGGCGGAUUUGGAAUGAAUACAGGUAUAGGAGAUUCCUUCAACCUUGCCCAUAAAUUUGCCUACUUUUACCAGAAUAAAAACAUUCUAGAUAACAAUCAAUAAAGAGAACUACUUAAGUCAUAUGAUACAGAGCGAAAAUACAUUGGAGAAGUAACAAGAGACCUGGCUAUGAUCAAUUAUGAAAAAAGUAUAAUAAUUGCAGGCAAACUAGACUUAGACAAAAAGCAGGCUGAGUAUUUUAAUUCUGUAGUUAAGAAUUACAUUCCAGAUUUUUUACCCAUUGACAAGAAAAAAUUAUUUAAAUUUGGAAUGGAUCUGGGACUAAUGAAGGCUCAGAUGACCAUGAAGUUGACUAACUCUGAGGAAGUUGUUUCUAAGUACCUGGCUAGUGAUAAAAAGCAUUCUAUUAAACUGAUGUUCCCUAAUCUAGACUUUGCAUACGCCUAUCCAGCUGAUGAUUAUGAGGCUUUUGCACAUGCUCAUUUUAUGAAGGACCAUUUUGAUAAUGAUGAGCAAGCUCACUUCUUAGGAUUAGGGACCUUAGUCCCACACAUUAGAAUUUAAGAUCAGAAAGACUGUUUUAGUCUUAGACAACUGAUGACCUAAUUAAACUUUUCUCAUGAAAAAUCCUUGAAUUUCAUUCUUAUUCUUCAAAAUAGAAAAUCAUUUAAUGAACUAAAUGAUAAACUCAGUAAAAAUGUAAAAGACUUGAAACCUAAUAACACCUUGAUUCUUAGGAAUCAAAAUCUUGUUAGUCUAUUUAAUGAAUUUGAAAGUGUUAAACUUGAUCUUAAUGCUGUUGAUUUUUCGAAGGUUAGAAAUAUGUAUAAGGAUGAUGAUAUAUUGGUCUAUCGUGGAGAUUGUCAUUUAGUAUUUAAAUGUUGA